AUGGAGGCAACCCUGCAGGAACUGCCUGGUGUAGAGGUGGCAGAGGCUCUAGAUUUCCUGCAGACUAUAGGUGCAACUGCACUUGAUUUAGAAUGGGAGCUGUCUCUGGCUGAUGUUUUGCUCAGUACCAGUAUUACUCCAAAUUUCUUGUGGUUAUUACUGAAUGGAGGGGGCACAAUAUCUGCUACUGGUUGUAUCACACAGUUUUACUUCUAUGGUGUUUCAGGAGGUUCAGAAAUUUAUCUCCUCACAGCCAUGGCCUAUGACCGAUAUCUGGCCAUCUGCUCCCCACUUCAUUAUGUCUCCAUUAUGGGUUUCAGGCUUUGCCUCUAUAUGAGUCUUUGUUCUUGGGGCUUAGCCCUUAUACUGAGUUUGCUUAUAAGUCUUCUAACAUUUAAUUUGCAGUUCUGUGGCCCAUUUGUUAUAGAUCAUUAUUUCUGUGACUUUGCCCCUCUUAUUAAACUUUCCUGCUCAGAUUAUAAAGCUGUGGAACUAACAGAUAUUAUUUUGACCAUACCUUUUAUGCUGCUCCCUUUUUGCUUCAUAAUUUACACUUAUGUUUCCAUUGGCCUUGCCAUUCUCAGGAUCUCCUCUACUGAAGGAAGACACAAAGCCUUCUCCACUUGCAGCUCCCAUUUAAUAGUUGUGUGCAUGUACUAUGGGACUAUAAUAAUAAUUUAUAUGGUACCAUCCAAGGGCCAUAACUUCAAUAUCAAUAAAAUGCUGUCCCUUCUAUACACAGUUGGAACCCCAUGUUUCAAUCCCAUAGUAUACAGCCUGAGAAACAAUGACAUUAGAGUUGCUCUUCGGAAGUAUAUGUCAAAUCAAGUAUCUUUUUACACUACGUUUAAACAACAGAAAAGGAGAUCGCAGUUGCUCUGUUGA